GUUUACAAGCUGUGGAAAUAUUUUAGACCUUUUCAACACUGCCCCCAGCUGAUGGAAAAACAACAAAAGAAGCAACCAAAGACGCGCAAUUUGUAGGAUUCGGGAAAAGACCCAACUUUUUAGGAUGAGCCUCGCAAACGGCGUCCCGGGAAAUGGCGAAUUCAGGCUACCACCAUGCUGGAAGGACAACGCCGUCAUGCAAGUGCAGUUCGCCAUGUUUCGAUCCCGCCAGCUUAGCACUGAUGACUAUGACGCCAAGAUGAAGUUCUGGAAGGAACUCAUCGCCGACUACCUGAAGUUCUGCGGCAGACCGGUCUUCUGCCUCCGGGAUCUGCAGCUGCAGUUCAUGCGGGGAGAGCAACUGCCCGCCUGCCUGGACACGGUUAUAUUGGAAAUGCAGCAACGGAAACUGAUCCGAUCUCGCGCAGAGUUCGAGCACGAUCCGGCGAAUUCCUGGAGCGGCUGGCUGGUGAACAGCCUUGUGAAACGCCCCCUAUCCUGGAGCUGGUCGAAGAUUAAGCACAGUGUGGUAGCUGAGGACCUGGAGGCGGCAGCCACUGUCGAAUGGAUCCAUCUGGAUGUCUUGAAGAGCACUUGCGACCUUAUAACCGAAAAAGUCCUCCCUGAGAAUAGUGGAAAACUCCUGCAUUUCGAUGCCUUCAAAUCUCUUUGCAAGUCGCAACAGAUUCGGAUCCAAUCCGACAAAGACUACUGUGUGUGCCUGAUCUCCUUAAAUGUUCGUCAAAUCGUUGGUCUGGAAUUUAAAACUGAAAAAGGAUUACGUCAAAUUCACUUGGUGAAAAUACCCAAAAAACAAGGCGAGGAUCUCAACAUCAGCCAAGAGGAUCAUGCUGUCCACAACCUGCAGAAUACCCAAGCCCAGUUACUAAAGCAGUUGGAGAGCUUGGAGGAGGAUAUCAAGCUCAACGACGAUAAGGCGCGCCAGUAUUUGAAGGAAAACAAGCGACAAAUGGCCAAGACUUAUCUCCGAAAGAGGCAUCUUCUGGAAAAGAAUCAUGAGCGCCGCAGUCUCGCCCUGCACAACAUUGAAUCCCUGCUGUCCAGCGUGGACGAGGCCCAGAACAGUGGCGUUGUGCUAGACGCCUAUAAGAUCGGCUCGAAUACUUUGAAAAAAGUGCUCUCGGACUCUGGCCUGAAGUACGACAAUGUCGACGAGGUUCUGGCCGAUGUGCGCGAAUCAUUGGAUCAGCAUAGGGAAGUACAGGACGUCAUGUCCAACAGCUCUGCCGUGGAAGGCGUGAGUCAAGAUGAAGACCAGCUCGAAAGGGAACUGCGUGAAUUGUGCGGCGAAACGGCCAAGCCAGCUUCUCCCAGUCCCAUAGCGUUUAUCAAUAACAAUGACAGGCCCGAGGUAGUGAUCACGGACGAGGAGGUGAUUGCCAUGCUGCAGGAUCUCGAGGUCGAGGAUGGAACUGUGUCGCAGUCGAGCGUCAGGACCUUGAGAACAGCCCAAGAGCUUUGAGAUGUGUGCUCAAAUUGUUUUCUAUUUAUGCAAAUUGAAUGUGUUUGUGUUUUUUUUUAUAAAUUAUAGUUAUACACUUUUAAAUGAUUA